AUGACCACCCAACUCACUCCCUCCAAGCAGGCUGCUGCCUCUCUAGAGCAACUGAAGAUGGAAUCGCCAGUCAAGAAGCUGACCUUCGAAUCUGGAAAAGAAAACUCCCCCGCCGUCGUCGACGCGUCCGCCACCACGUUGGUCAAGCCCGCAGAAAAGCCCGCAGUACAAGCAACCCCCAAGGUUGCUCCUGGUAUCAAGGAGAUGGAAGCAAAUGAGCCCCUUCUUCAAGAGAACCCUCACAGAUUCGUUCUUUUCCCCAUCAAAUAUCACGAGAUCUGGCAAAUGUACAAGAAGGCCGAAGCCUCCUUCUGGACCGCCGAAGAGAUCGAUCUCUCGAAAGAUUUGCACGACUGGAACAACCGCCUGAACGACGAUGAGCGUUACUUUAUUUCGCAUGUCCUUGCAUUCUUUGCUGCCUCUGAUGGCAUUGUCAAUGAGAACUUGGUUGAGCGAUUCAGUGGUGAAGUUCAGAUCCCUGAAGCUCGAUGCUUCUACGGUUUCCAGAUCAUGAUGGAGAACAUUCACUCCGAAACAUACUCUCUCCUCAUUGACACCUACAUUAACGAACCCAAACAACGCACCUACCUUUUUGACGCCAUUGACAACAUUCCCUGCAUUCGCAAGAAGGCUGAUUGGGCUCUGCGAUGGAUCUCGGACAAAGAGUCUACCUUUGCUCAGCGCCUUGUCGCAUUCGCUGCCGUCGAAGGUAUUUUCUUCUCUGGCUCUUUUGCCUCUAUCUUCUGGUUGAAGAAGCGUGGUUUGAUGCCUGGUUUGACCUUCUCCAACGAACUCAUCUCUCGUGACGAGGGCCUUCACACCGACUUUGCAUGCUUGCUCUUCUCCCACCUCAACAACCGUCCCAGCCCCAAGGUCGUUGAAGACAUCAUUGUCGAUGCCGUUGCCAUCGAACAAGAGUUCUUGACCGAUGCCCUUCCUUGCGCUUUGCUCGGAAUGAACUCGAAAUUGAUGUGCCAGUACAUUGAGUUCGUUGCCGACCGUCUCUUGGUCGCUCUUGGCAACAAGAAGUACUACAAUGCCACCAACCCCUUCGACUUCAUGGAGAACAUCUCCCUUGCCGGCAAGACUAACUUCUUCGAGAAGCGUGUUGGUGACUACCAGAAGGCCGGUGUCAUGAACAGCACCAAGAAGGAGAAGGAAGCCACCACGGAAAACAAAGACGAAAAUGCCAGUGGUCUCAACUUUGACGAAGACUUCUAG